UCCAUCCGUCAGCGCAGAUCCGUCCACUCACAUGCAGACUUUGCGUGACUUUUUGUAGUCCCUUUUUGUCGCAGUCAGUAGAGGAUCUUUGUCGGACGACAAAGGCUGCAAAACCAGAAGAAGAAGAAAGAUUUAUAAAAAUUGCAGCAGCAACAUGUGUUCGUCUCUGGCUCCAACUCCAACUCCCGUGUCUCUGACCAGCUGCUGCUAAUAAAGUCGAGGUGGUGAGCCGCGAUGGAGGACGCCUACAGACAACUUCACCAGGAGUUUGUGUGCCUCAGAUCACUUUGUCUCCGGCAGGCUGCUCUGUUGCACCAACUCAUAGCAGCCGGGCAGACGGAGAAAGGCGAUCCCGACGGCGUCCUUCCUGUCCGGUGUCUCCAGGAAAUCCCUUUCCAGGGACCCCCGAACCCUGCGCCGCCAUCCAACCUGAACCUGUCUCGCCUGCUGACCGAAGAUCUGUCCAAAUUCUGCUUGAAGUCAUCUGAGGGCAAAAUAGAGGACGAGAAGUCUUCAAACCAGUGGUCAUGUGAUCCUCGUGGUGCAGCCGAGGGCCACCAGGACUCAAUGAGGAUGCUGCGGACCAACCCACGGACCUUCACUGUGGACCUUCCCAGUCUGUCGGGCAGACUGCAGACGUCCGACGUAACGCUGCAGUCCGACGUCUGCGACUUCUGCCAGGCGGUUUUCCCCGGACACACCACCACCAGGGGAGACUUCCUGCAGCAUCUCCACAACCAUGUCACCUAGUGGCCUACCAGCUCGGAAACCAUCAACAUGUUGGAGGAAGAAAUGUAUUUUCCGGACUAUAAGGCGCACUUGGGGGUGGUAUAGCUGGGUUGGUACAGCGGACUUGAGGGUUCCUAGUCACUGCCGUUGUGUCCUUGGGCAAUACACUUCACCCGCCUGCUCCCAGUGCCACCCACACUGGUUUAAAUAUAACUUAGAUAUUGGGUUUCACUAUGUAAAAGCGCUUUGAGUCACUAGAGAAAAUCGCUAUAUAAAUAUAAUUAACUUCA